CCUCUUCCCCUUCCUCACUUCGUAUUUCAGUUUCUUUUCCCCUCCCUAUUUUCCCGCUUCCUGGCCCUCACUCCCCGCCGCAGCGAUGUUCCCCUCUCUCGCCCUCGCUGUCCUCGCUAGCGCACUCAGUGCCUCUGCACAGGUGACCUCGCCCUACCCCGGCGGACAGACCGUCGACAGCUGUGAAUCGCUCAAGGGCUCGUGCAACGCGACGACGAUUGACGUCAACAACGUCUGGAACUACCCGGCGUGUGCGCUCUUUGCGAUCUGUAGCACGUGGAACUACAAUGUCAUCGACUCGCUCGCGUCUAUCGGUGCUCCGCAUACCCAGCCGGUGGUGCCUGAGUCGACGUUCAAGAACAUCACGAACGGCGCAGAUGUUCUCACCCAGCAGGGUUACGUCGAUGCAUACCACUACGAGCUUUCUAUUACCCCUGGAGCUAAGAACGCGUCUGGUGAUGCAGAUCUCGUCGGCCAAUACCAGUGGCUUGCUGCUUGGACCGGUUUCUGCGGUCAAGACGGCAUCCCCUACCAGAACUUUGCUGACUUUUUCCAAUACGACGGCACCCCGGGCGUUUGCCCUUCCACCCAAUCGUGCAACGCGACCAUAGCCGCCUCGGCCCAGCAGUGCGUCCCGCAGCCGAUCACGGACAACGGCUCGUGCGCCGAAGUCGUGAGCGAGUGCGAGAACUUCAUCCAGAACGGGCUCUUCCAGAGCACGUACUGCGUCCUCGCGAGCAUGUGCUACGCCGAGAGUACCACGGACGUGCUCAUCAAUGACAUCUAUCCGUCAUACAUCCAGGGCAGCAGCCGCCCGACGACAGCCAACGAGACGCGCCUGAGCAUCGAUGUGUUCCAUAACUUCACGGGCGGUGCUGACACAAUGGGUCUGCAGAACGCGAUCGACGCGUACUACGGCGCUCUGACCAACGUAUGGGAACCCGAGGGUCCUUUCGGCGCCGGUGCCGGUGUUCAGACUGGCCAGAACGGUCCUUACCCGACCUCGACCGACUACAUCGAGAACUUCUGGUCCAUCAUCGCUGCGUGGACCGGCAACUGCGACACGCUCGAGAUCCCGUAUGACAACCUCGCUGACUACCUCUCAUACGCCGUGUACAGCGGCUACCACCCCAAGUGCUAAAUGCACGAUUAUUCCCGAAACCGUGUAGGGUGUGGAUCGAUCACGAUGGACUAUUACUUGGGCUGUUUUGGACCUUGUUCGUUGACACUAUUAAUACCUUGGACUCUGUUGUUAUUUCACGUUACAUCACGCUACGCUCUUUACCCGUGGACUCAGUGGCUACAUUAGUAGUAAUGGUCGUUACAAUGAAGUGAUGCUUUUGUGUUUCGUACUAUGCAUGAAGUACUACCUCCUGAAGUUUUAACUCAUAAAGCUAAAGCGCGACAUGUCACGCGUGGGUACCUUCUCUUUACAGCCCCACUUCCCCGUUGUAACCUUCCACGGGCAGCCACCACACACAUUCAAAUAAAAACACAGCAACCUCCCCUGACAGAAUCAUCGUCAUCUUCUUCAGACUCUGGUUCCGAUAUAUCGCCGUCGCUCGCUACGGCUUCUCUCUUUCUUUGCUCUUCGGCACGCUUGAGACGCAGCCUCAGCUUUUUCGGAAGACCGACGGCCAAGAGCUCUUUUGUUCUCGCUGGUGAAACAAUAACCACGGACGAACAGUGACCACUACGCUCAGAAAUUGCAGCGUGCUGCUCUCCGUGCAUGAGCUGGUUCAUCUCAACAUCACCGCGUGACUUAGUCGUGGAUUGUGUACGAUGGCGCCUAGAAAAGCGAGUCCAAAGUCUACGUAUCAUGUUAUCUGUCUCUUUGUUUGAGAUGCUCUUCUCGGAUCUAAUGGACCUUUCUUCGGAUUGGCAAGUGUUCCGGCAACGGUCUUCGGAGCCAUUACACGUGGAGUGGGUACGUUCAUCUCUGAAGAGGCCACGCUGAAGUAUAGACCAAAUGUGGCGUAUGACUUGCACCGGUUUACUUUCCACACGCUCGAGUAUCUGCUCGGUGGGCUUAUUUGAAUUGGAGACAUGUUGCUCUAGGGAAUUUAGAAUCGCUGUAGCCGCACCAUUCCGGUUCUGUAUAGUUGCUGGCCUCUUCAUCCAGGAAUCCAAGGAAUCCCGAGUUGACCGUUUCUUCUCCGGCUCUUUAGAUCGUCUACGUUGAGCGUCUCUCUGUUCUUUUAACAUCCUUUCCCGAUGCUCGUCGAUGCGCCUCCGAGCGCGAGAUGAUGCUUCGUAAGUGGUGACGGG